UGCUCCAGUGAUACAGAGCAGAGCGGAGCAGCUUGGAUCCAGACUGCAGCACAUCCUCUGCUGUCGCUGCUAACCCACCUGACAGCACGGCGGAACGGGCGAGCAACACCGGGCCAGCAACCCGGUUAACAUCACUACAGGCAGCAACGUCCUGAGGGGGAAUGGGGGGCGAACUAGCCCGCCUGCUAAUUGACUGAAUUUCCUUGAAGUGGAGAGGGCUUACGGCCGGCGGUCCAUAAAGAUGGUAUCGUGGAUGAUUUCGAGGAUAGUAGUCCUUGCCUUUGGGACGCUCUACCCAGCGUACUCUUCAUACAAGGCUGUCAAAACGAAGAAUGUGAAGGAAUAUGUGAAGUGGAUGAUGUACUGGAUAGUUUUUGCGUUAUUCACCACAGCAGAGACGGCAACAGACCUGCUUCUGUCGUGGUUUCCAUUUUACUUUGAGCUAAAGAUUGCCUUUGUGAUCUGGCUCCUGUCCCCAUACACUAAGGGCUCCAGCGUCCUCUACCGCAAGUUUGUCCACCCUACCCUAUCCAACAAAGAGAAGGAGAUAGAUGAGUACAUUGCACAGGCCAAAGACAGGAGUUAUGAGACCAUGAUGAGGUUUGGAAAGAGGGGUCUCAACCUGGCUGCUAAUGCUGCAGUUACUGCAGCAACCAAGGGGCAGGGCGUGCUGUCAGACAAGCUGCGGAGUUUCAGCAUGCAGGACCUGACUCUCAUCAACGCUGAUGAUGAGCUGGCUCUGCACACGUCAGAUUCCCGCAUGAGACGAGACCCCAUGGACGAGAUGAGCUCAGGGGCCAGUACGCUGCCCCGGGCCAAGAGCACCACUGCACGGCAGACGCGCUCAUUGGCCCACAGUGACGAUGUGUCAUCUCAACACAGCUCUGACCAAUCAGACACGAGGACUGAACACUCUGAUGAUGAUAUGGGCGAUAAGGCCCCUAAACGCAGCACCAGCGUCAAAGCGACCAAGAAACCUGCAGCUGCUAAGACAGAGACUCAGACCAAGACAGUGAAGAAGACGACUGCAACAAAGAAAAAGACUACAACUAACGCUGAGACACCACCGUGAGGCCUGCUGUCCACAUCCACCUACCUAAACUUGCACCACCCACAGCCUGCAGGCCCCUCUCUCCCCCUCUUUGGUCUCCACACAAACACACAAACGCUGUACAUAACAAUAAAGCAAGCACGAAGAUUGUGUCACUCUUGCUGGUUUAAAUCCUGGCAAAGUGCAGGUUCGUUUUUAGCAGUAUGUGGCCACAUUGAACAGGUCUAAACUUUUUCAGCUUUAUUUUUUCACCCCAUAUAAAAACAGUCUGGAUGUUUCUUUUUUUAAACCUGAAGGUGGAUAGAGAUAUACUAUAUUUCCCUUUCUCUUUAGAAACCUUGACCUAAAUAGAUCAUUGUUAUACAUGCCAAAAGUGUAAAGCUGUUUUUGAGUUUUCUUUACUUAUAGUUUUCUAAAUUUGAGUACCCUGUUUCCUUUGUUCAUGGCCCACCCUUCCUGUGUGAGCUAGCAGCACGUGUGGGUCCCUAUCUGGACCCGAUAGUGAUGGCAGCAAAGGUCAGGUGUUGUCAUGUCAGGAACACAGACGGAGAUUUUUUAUUUUCUGUGAAGCGAGAUCAACUUUGAGAUCUGAAAGUUCCCACUUGUCUGAGCUCAUGUAACUGUGUAUUUUUGCAGGAUAUAUGUGAUCCAACCAGUUUUAGCUCUUUAUUUACUUUCACUUUGCCUUUUUUGACUGCAGCAUGAGCCUUGGAGCUUGUGGAAUACAUUCACAUCAAGCUUCCCCCCUUUAUUUCUUAAUUUAGAGUGAGUCUGGCUCUGUUAAGUUCAGGCCUCUCAUACAGAAAGUUAUUUAAGUACUUGUGUUGGAAUGGUUUGUUUAGUGUUGGCUCUGUUAUCCUUUAUCUAAACAUUACUCAAGUUUUAUCUGUCAUUCCCUAAGUGUUUGGAUCGGUUCUUCCUGCCAUGUUAUAUUAGUAAUAACUGCAGUGAGCCUCUUAAUACGACUCUGUAACUGAGUGAUGGUAGCACUCUUUCCUAAGACUUAGAUUAGUUCUAGAGGAGUUGCAGUUGUUUGUGAGGUGUCGUACCUGCUCUCACUAUUCAUGUCUGUGCAUCGUUUGUGUUCAACAUUAGAAAGUGAUGGAGCUCUCUCUGCAGUCUGUCGCUCUUUAACGCAGCUUUGUGUUCACACUUUAAAACAUCUCCUCAUCUUAAAAGCAAUAUUGAAGUAAUGAAACCCAAACACUCUUUUGGAGGCGGUGACGAGUCGAUAUCUUGUCCUGGUGCCGCUGUUUCACAUGGAGAGAUUGUGUCAGACAGGGCUGUGGGGAUUUCUAAUCACUCUUGACUUUUGUCCUGGGAGGGGUUCUUUUGGUUGCUUUGGGCCCGGUUCCCUCCGAGUCAUUUUUAGUACAGAUUUGAAAGCAUGGCUCGACCUCUGCACUCAUCAUUUCUGUGUGCAGUGUGGCACCAGGGUGAACCAGUAGGGGGAGACAAAGCCCUUCUCAACUGUUGGCAGAGCUACUGAACAACAUGUACACACACUGUAAAUAGGAACCUUAACUGUAUAUACAGUAUGAGCUUGCUUGCCUUAUACAUUCUCUGGGCUUAAAUCCAUUUAAUGUUUUAAUCAUCUGUGUGCUUUUUAAAAUGAAACUGUUUUGACAAUUUAUUUGUUCAGCAAGCGAAAAAGCUCAAAUUUCACCAGGUAGGACUACUGGUGAUAGCAGUGAUUUUGUGAUUUUUCUUUUUCUUUUAAUUUGUUCAUUGAGACAUUUUAAGUCUUCUCCAUCACAAAGUAAUGAAACUUCACCCUCGGUAUGAUCUUGUUUAAGCACACUGACAUCAUUUAUGUCCUCCACUCAUAAUAUUUUUGGGCAAAAAGUUAAAAACCAGCCCAUUUCCUGUUUUUCUUCUUGGUUUGCACUGGAUAAAGCAAUGUCACAUAUUUAAAAAUUAAUUUCAGACACAGCCCUGUGUUUUUAUCCUUUAAUGUCAUAUUUGAAUAUUUAUUUAUUCCCUUUUCCUUAAGUCAGUAUUAAAUACAGGGAUGUUGAUUUGUAUAUUUGUGCCAAUUCUCAAUGCUCCAUGUAAAAAAUCAACUACAGUAUGUGUGCUGGGACAAUGGUAUCUAACAAGGUUAUGUAUCAGUAAUAAAACUACUAAUAAAGGAAAUCAAAUCAA